CGAACCCGAUAGCCCGGCCAACCGUCCCAACGGGCCCGGCCGACAAGCCCGGCCAACUGGCCCGACAAACCCGCGGCAGUGAGGGGCUGCCCAAUUGGGGCAGCGGGUCGUUUUGUCAGGUCGGUUCGGCGGGUUGUCGGGUUGAUCCGGUGGAAAUUGAUACUGUUCCGACAGGUGCAGCAGGCCUGAGGAUAAAUUCUUAGUCCCGAGUUCGCGACACAGGUAAGUUAUUUUAAUAUUGUUGGGUUAAAUCUUUUUGUUUGAGCAUGACGGUAAUCGGUGAGAAGUGAUUCUUCCGAUAGGCCGCUGAGUGUGUUGUUCUGUUUAUGGAAAUGUUUAAGUGAUUGUUAUCACUUGAGAACUCUGUUGAAAAUUGGCCACCUAGUAUACCUAGGCGGAUCUGAACUGAAUUGGAUAGUUUAAUCACCAAUAGGACUGUUGUUAGGUUUCAAGUCUUGUGGAGCAUGUUUGCAUAUCUAGUGGUCCAGGGUUCAAAACGUAUGUACGGGAGUCGCUGUUCUACCUAAGGGAUUCCUUGGUAGAGACUCCAACCCGCCCAUUGAGGAUUCUCUUUGGGUUUGUCCGAGCAUCGGCCUCGAGGGAUCCGCUCGAGUGUCCGUAACUCUAGUCUGUUGAAUUUAGCCUUAGUGUUGUAGGGGCAGAAAUAGCCUUUGAAAAUAAAUGAAUUGGAACUGUUGGAUCCUUGUACCUGAAAAUAAAUGUUGAUUGUUCACUGAUGUUGUUGAUUCUAUAAAUGGGAUACUAUCUGGGAAAUUAUUUCCAGCGUUAGAUAUUUUUCUCACUCAGCUUUCAGAUGAGCGUGUAGUCUUGUUAUCUUGAUUGCACGCAGGUAGGGAUAUGGAUCGUGAGGGUCAGCCCGGAGGACGUUGAUACGUGACGCAACGGAUAACGUCACUAUUUUUAAUUAUGGACAUUUAAUUAUUGCAUUAUUAAUGAUUUGAAUUAAACAUUGUUUGUAGAAUGUUGUUUUAAUGCUUCCGCACAUGAUGAACUUCACGCUCUUCAGAAUUUUGGACAUUUCAUGUCCAUGUUCCAGCAACCGGGAGGGUUUUCACUUUUCAAUCCGGGAUUGUAUCCACAAUCCUCGCCUCAAACUAACGUCAUUCGCCCGAUCGUUCCGACAAACCUGAUCGAGGAGAUGGAUAAAGCUGGUCUAUCCCGGUCUAGAAGGAGCCGGUCCCGUAGGUCACAGACAAAGGGAAAGGCAGUUCAGCCAGAAGGAUCUAGGAGGUCGGCCUUUCAGAGACUUGGCCAUGAUGGCCGAAAUCAGAACCGGUCAGCAAAAGAGCGGCUUGGGGUAGAAACCAUCCCAGCUAGUGCCUUUAAUCGUGCAGGGAGAGGAGCCGGACGACCUGGUCAGACCAGGCGAACGGAACCAUCCCCACGCGAUGAGCCCCAGCACAGCCGGGCGCCGCGAGAGGAAGAAGCCGAAAGCCACCCCAGGCACACGACCCGUUCUCAUGUUGAACAACCUCGGGAUCGUGUGGGCCGGGUCGAGGCACGUCUGGAGAAACUACAAUGCCGGGUAGACCGAGAAGAAAAGAAGAAGAUUCUGCUGAACGAAUCUUCGUUCACAGACCGGGUUCAUGAAACCCCAUUUCCAAAGAAGGCGAAACUUGAAGUCCUGAAGUUCACCGGGAAGGAGGACCCGGAAAUUCACGUCAAAACCCUCCAUCAAAGUGGGCGGAUGAUGGGUCUUUCCGGGGAUGAGAAAUGUUUGCUUUUCUUUCAGACCCUCCGCGGCCGCGCCGCCGAGUGGUUUCAUAACUUACCGGCCGAUGAAAUCGAUUCUUUCGAUGAACUGGCUGAGGAUGAGGUUGACAAGGUGGAGGAGAUGGACGACAAGACAGCAAUGUCCCUCCUUGUAUCCGGGCUCCGGUCCGGAGAACUAUACAAAGAAUUCUGCAGGAGGCCUCCCCAGUCCUAUCAGGAGGCCUAUAACACGGCCUGGGACUAUGCUGACGCUGAAGCUCAGGUGUCAUCCAAGAGGGAGGCCGAGCAGGGCCACUCAAAGGGAAAAGUUUCCUUGAAAAAGGAAAUUACAUUGCCCGGUAAGAUAAAAGCAGAAGUCAUGGAGGUAAAGCCGGUCAAAACAGAGAAGAAACUGACCAGCGAGAAACAAUGGACGGAGAAGUAUUGCUCCUUUCACAAAACUGAUUCCCAUAACACUGCAGAGUGUAACAGUGUGAAGGGAGUAAUAAAGCAGAUGAUUGAGGCCGGUGAGAUUGAUCCUGAAUAUCUGGCCCAGGCUAAGCAAAAGAAGAACCAAUGGGUCAGACCAGAAGGACAACCGGCCGAGCAGAAUAAAAAGAAGAAAACAGCCGGUAAAGAGCAUUUACAGGUCAUCUACGGUGGACCGGAAGGGGGAGAUUCUGCUUCCCAAAGGAAGAAGUGGGGGCGAGAACUCUACGUAGGGACGGUAGCCCUCAAUCCCCGGUCAAAACAAGCAAGACGGGAACCGAGCACUUUUACUGACCGGGACCUCCCCGCCACCGGAGAAGAUCACAAUGACCCCCUGGUUAUAACUAUGGACAUGGGUGGAGUCGAUGUCUCCCGGGUACUCGUUGACACGGGAAGUAAUGUCAACGUUUUGUACUUGGAUGCAUUUGAAAAGCUCAAGUUGUGUCGGACACGGCUUGAGCCCUUAAAGACUCCCCUGUCCGGGUUCACCGGGGACUCUGUUGAAGCUGAAGGGUCAAUCCUUCUUACUUGCCGACCUGGAAUAAACAAGGUCCGUGGAGUCAUCUCCAUGGCCCACCUCUGCAUGAAAUUCUAUACCCCGGGCGGUAUAGGACAAGUCAGAGGAGAUCAAAAGAAGGCCCGGCAUUGCUACUUGGAGGCCGUAAAGAAAAUGACCAAGGCAUUUGAGAGAGUCACUUUGGUCUCUCAGGAAAAAGAGCGGUCGAAGCUAGAGCCGGGUGAUGAAACCGAACAGAUUGUUCUCCGAGAAGCCUUCCCAGAAAGAAUGGUACGGAUCGGAAGAGAUCUGCCCGGAGGACUUCGAGGUGAAAUCAUCUCAAUUCUUCGGGAAUAUGCAGAUAUUUUCGCUUGGAGUGUGGCGGACAUGCCGGGCAUUGACCGUUCUGUCAUAUGCCAUCGUUUGGCUGUGAUGGAAGGGAGCCGGCCUGUGAAACAAAAGAAGAGGCACUUGGCGAACGUCCGUAGGGACUUUGUGAAGAAAGAAGUCAAGGACUUGUUGGCGGUCGGGCACAUACGGGAAUUUCGUAACCCCCGGUUCACUGAGUACUUGGCUAGUUUUGGAAUCAAGCACAGCAAGGCCUCAGUAGCUUAUCCACAGGGAAAUGGCCAAGUUGAAAAUGCUAACCGGACGAUAGUGGACGGCCUAAAGAAGAGGUUGGGUGAAGAAGGCCAUAAAUGGUUGGAAGCUUUGCCUCACACGGUCUGGGCGCAUAGAGUGACUUCAAGAAGGGCAACCGGAGAAACUCCAUUUGUGCUCACUUACGGAUGUGAAGCCCGGUUGCCAGUUGAAGCGGAAAUUCCAACAUUUAGAGAAACCGUGUACCAGCCCGGUCAGAACGAGGUCGACCACCUAGCUGAGUUAAAUCUGGUGGAAGAACGAAGGACCAUAGCAGCUGUUAAGAUGGCCGGUUAUCAGCAGUCAGUAAAGCGGUAUUAUGACAGCCGGGUAGGACCGCGAUACUUCCAGGUGCAUGAUGAAGUCUUGCGCAGGAGGGAUGCUAGUAAGCCUAAUGAGAGGGGCAAGCUGGCGCGUAACUUGGAAGGGCCCUAUCGUGUAAAAACAAUUGUCAGACCGGGCACUUACCAGUUGGAGACUAUGGAAGGUAGUCGGGUCGAGCGACACUGGAACUCUCACCACUUACGUAAAUUUUAUAGAUAAAGUGUAACGGGUUCCCGGCCAUUAAUAAAAGUUCGCUCUUUUCAGAAAGAUUGUUCUCAUAUAUUAACCGGUAAUUCGUCGCGUACCAAUCUACCCGGUUAGAUGUCCAAUCGAAUUGGACAUCUCAAAAAAAAAAGAAGAAGACCGGUCUGACCGAUUUAACACCUCAUCCGUACUGACACGGGAGUUAAAAACGAUUUGGCUUUACUAGUGGGAG